CUAAUAAUUGAUAAGAACGCUAUUGUCUAUGUCGAAUAAUAUCACAUCUCGUUUCAUCCCGCGAACUAGUUUGUCGGGAAAUCGGUUGUCGUCAACGAUGUGUUGACUGACCGCUGUUCGUCGUUCGGUAAGAUCGAAAUCGAUGAAACAACACUGUUUGUGACGAUGACGGCGGGAUCCGACUACCAGUGAAGCAGUAUUAUUUAUUUAACCGUUGGACAAUCAGUUCCGUUGGUUUUUUUCCUGUAACGACUGUGCGUACUGAAGCACAUCAUCUCAUUGGGAUACUAUGUAUCGUCCGUAAUAAUCACGUAAACACUAGCUUACUGCUUGGGACCUAGAAACCAUUUCAUCGAUGUUGUGCUCCAGUCUUGAACUGGAUUUGUAUUAAUUAACCAACUUGGUAGUUUGCAGCAGCAGCCAUGACCACUUGGCUGGAAAUACUAAUUGUAUCUUUUUUUAUCUUACUACCAUUCCUCUACGACACAUGCCGAGGGUUUCGUUACCAUUUCCGUCUGGCUAUAUUUUCCGUCCUAGCCUCUUUAACAUCUCUAUUGGCCAUAUUUCAAUUCAAACAGCGUACCAGGUUAAUUGCCUAUUUUGGUCAGCAAAUUUCAGAUUUACUGUCUUUAGAAUGGCAUUUACAUGGAAAACAAAAUUUACUAUCAAAACGUACCAGAGUGGCUAUUAUGAACUACCAAAGUAACAUUAAUACAUUAGGAAUCAUGCAUUUAUUAUAUUGCUGUCAAGAGAAGGACCUGAAUAUCAUCUCAAACACAAAUUAUAAUAACUUAUGGCCAUUUUCAUUUUUUCCGUGGCUACUAUCAUUGAUGCUGUGUCCCAUUCAAUUUCUUAACACCAGUUUGGGAUUUUUGUAUUUUUCUCCAGCUAUUAUGGAUUCAGGGCCCGAAAUUAUACUGGCGCCAACAACAAUGACAAAUAAAGAAAUAAUUAAAAUGGCCUUAAAAAAAAAAUUACCCAUCCAACCAAUUGUAUUUUCUAACUGCUACUUCAUAAAUAGAGAAAAACAUUUGUUUGAGCCAGGCCGUGUUAUAAUAUCUGUGAUGCCAAUAAUAGAAACUGAUGGUUUAAUAGCUAAUGAUAUUUCUAACUUAAGUGAUGAAAUUUCAACCAAAAUACGUGUGGAAUAUGACAGUAUAAGUAAAAUCACAAAAUUGAGUGAUUAUCAGACUCCAUGCCUAUAAAAUUUAACAAAUUUAAAUAUUAAUAUUACUCUUCCAUGCACAUUUUUACUUAACAAAUAAUACCAAAGUUCCAUUAAUUGUAUAUGACUUAGCUUUUUAUAGAAAAUGUAUACUACUUUUACAUGUUGAUGAUUCCUGAUAUUUUUUUUUUGUAUGAUUUUUUGUUUUUACUUAUAUUAUUAGUGACAUUUUUUAUUUUAUUCUAUUUAAUUAUAGAAAUGUGUUUUUAAUGGCUGUGGAUUUAUGUGUUUUUUGAUAGUCAAAUUAUUAAUUUUAAAAACUGUUGUGAUCGUUACAGUAGAAACCCAAAAAGUAUU